AUGACCCGAAGGCAUGAUAUAUUAAAAGUUUUUUUAAUUUAGAUUUGAAUGAUGAUUUUGUUUCUUGAUUUUCAUCAUCUCAUCUGCCCAUUAUCACUAUCUCUAUCCAUCUUUCUAUCUUAAAUGUCAGUGGCAGUAGUACCAUGGCUGCAGAGAUUGGGCUUCUCUCAAUGAGCCAGAUCCAAAAAUUGUCACAAUCCCAACAACAACAACAACAACAAAAACACAAAAGCAAAAACAGCAACAACAACCACCGCCACCACCACCCUCCUCCACCUCCUUCAAACCCUAACUCAUCCAUCACCACCACCACUUGGAUGUGGAACCCUAGGGAACAGCACCAAGAAGAUGACGACUCUUGGGAGGUCAGAGCCUUUGCAGAGGACACUAGGAACAUCAUGGGAACCACGUGGCCACCGAGGUCCUACACCUGCACCUUCUGCAGGAGGGAGUUCCGCUCCGCCCAAGCCCUCGGCGGCCACAUGAACGUCCACCGCCGAGACCGCGCUCGCCUCCACCACCACCAACCUCCUCUUCCUCCUCCUCCACCUCCUCCACCGCCUCCUCCUUCUCAUCAUCAUCAUCAUCUUCAUCAAUAUCCAUCACCAGCAGCAUUCAUAAAUGUCCCUCAUCGUCAUCAUCAGGAUCUCGUUUCAAAUGCUACAGGGUUGUGCGUCUUCUAUCAUUUGCCACCAAGCCCUAAUCGUACCACUCCCUUCGCUACUCCAUCUCCGUCUCCGUCUCCAUCCACUCUUCUCUCCAUGACGUCAUCUUCAUCGUCAUCUUAUUACCCACAAAACAACUUGAUGACGAUGAUGCAACCACUUUGCUCUCCCUCCCUUGACUUGCCAUCCGGGAUCAACGGCGUUUCUUCUUCUUCUCCAACUUACUCCACCAAAGUGAUUGAAGAAGCCCUCGUUAACGACAAUAAUAACGGCCAUCACCACCACCACCUUGAAGAGCUUGAUCUAGAGCUGCGCUUGGGGCAAAAGCGACCACCAACUCGACCAAGCUAAGCUACUCUGUGGUGAUGGUGCUGGUGCUGGUGCUGGUGGUACACUGGUACGGUGUUUACCUUUGGAGAGAGAAGAUCUAGAGAUCUAGAUUGCUGUAAUUAAUUUCUUAAGUUGCUCAACAAUGAAGCUGAUGGAAACUACUGUGGGUAGUUUUUUUUUGUUUGAUCAUUUUUCUUCAAAUUCUCUCUUUUUGUUUAACUAAAUUGAUUUUCUAUGAGUGUGUGUGGUU